AGAGUGUGUAGAGUAGACAAGCGAAAGAAUUGUAGCGUCCCGUACGCAAUGCAAUGCUUCAGACAUUUGCAAAACUCAUCCGCACAGCAACACUCUCAAAAUCAAAACCACUUCUCCACCACUACAAAACCCUAACCACCGCCACAACCACCACCUCCAAAGAUGAAUACUUCGCUGCAAUCCAACACGUGGCAAACAUCGUCCGUCGCGACUUCUACUUGGAACGAACCCUCAACAAACUCCGCAUCACAAUCACACCGGAACUCGUCUUCCGUGUCCUUCGCGCCUGUUCCUCUUCCCCAAUCGAAUCCCUCCGUUUUUUCAAUUGGGCUCAAUCUCACCACCACCACCCUACCUACACCCCAACCUCCGUCGAAUUCGAAGAAAUCGUCACCAUUCUUGCAAACUCCAACAAUUACCAAACCAUGUGGUCAAUCAUUCACCAAAUGACUCACCACCACCACCUCUCCCUUUCCCCAUCCGCCGUCUCCUCCUUAAUCGAAUCCUACGGCCGCCACCGCCAUAUCGACCAAUCCGUUCAGCUUUUCAACAAAUGCAAAAUCUUCAACUGUCCUCAGAAUCUUCAGCUCUACAACUCCCUCCUCUUUGCCCUAUGUGAAUCAAAACUCUUCCACGCCGCUUACUCCCUCAUCCGCCGCAUGCUUCGGAAAGGUAUUAACCCUGAUAAACGUACAUACGGGCUUCUCGUCAACGCGUGGUGCUCAAGCGGUAAAAUGCGUGAAGCUCAACAGUUUCUCAAAGAGAUGAGUGAUAAAGGGUUUACCCCUCCUGUCAGAGGCCGUGAUCUUCUCAUUGAAGGCUUGUUAAACGCCGGCUACAUCGAAUCGGCGAAAGGAAUGGUGAGGAAGAUGGUGAAGGAAGGAAUCAUCCCUGAUGUGGGAACUUUCAAUGCCUUAAUGGAAUCAACUUGUAAAUGUGGGGAAGAAGAAGUUAAGUUCUGUGUUGAGCUUUAUCAUGAGCUAUGUAAAUUAGGAAUGGUUCCUGAUGUUAAUACUUACAAGAUUUUGGUACCGGCGGUUUCGAAAAUUGGGUUAAUGGAUGAGGCUUUUAGGUUGUUGAAUAAUUUUAGUGAGGAAGGUAGUCGUCCAUUUCCUAGUUUGUAUGCACCUGUUAUGAAGGCUUUGUUUAAGAGGGGUCAAUUUGAUGAUGCUUUUUGCUUUUUUGCUGAUAUGAAAGCAAAGGGUCAUCCUCCUAAUCGACCCCUUUAUACCAUGCUUAUUACUAUGUGUGGGCGUGGUGGAAGGUUUGUCGAUGCGGCUAACUAUCUUUUUGAAAUGACUGAGAUUGGUUUUGUACCUAUAUCUCGAUGCUUUGAUAUGGUUGCUGAUGGAUUGAAGAAUUGUGGUAAGCAUGAUUUGGCUAAGAGAGUGCAACAACUUGAAGUCUCUAUUCGUGGGGUUUGAAGUUUGAUAUAUUCAAUUCUAAUGGCAAUUUUGAUCAAUUGUCUUACUAGAAGGCAAAUGCUUUCAUUGUUAAGCAUAGUAGACUAACUGUGAUGCAUAAGUUUUUGGGGUCAAUCAAUGUCCUGAGAAAACUUGACCAAAUAGCUUUUUGAAAUAUAUACAUGCAUAGAAAGAGAAAGUCAUUCUCUCUCAUAAGCAGAAUCAUUUUUUUCCUAUGGCAACUGAAGUGAAGUUGGCCAACAUCCUCAUGUUAGAAGUUUUUUAAUCAUUUGUAUAAGGGAAACAUGACCGGGAGGAGGAAAGCUUAAUGCUUUUCUCUUUUGCUGAACUUUUGUGUUUUUUCAGAAAUUCCCAGUCCAUUGAUGAUUGGAGAAGAGAGACUGAAAUGCAGAGGAAUGUACCAAUUCUCCAUGUUCAUAGAUGUUGCUUCUUUUGUCCUCUGUAUUCUGUAAUCUGUAUACUCUGAUGGAGAACUUUUAUGGCCCUGGAAAAAACAGAUUUUCUGUUUGAAAUUGAAUUUUUUCAGUCU